GACCUGUGCGAGGCCAUUAUUGUCAACACCAAGCGUUAUACUUCGCUGUUUGCUGAUGCCAUCGAUGAAAUCGCCAAGAGUCUCGAGCCCACCGAGCAGAAUGUGGAGCCCAGCACUUUGGACAUCUACAUUCAACACCGCAACAGCCUAGCAGCCCAGCACCAGAACGACGAGGGCGAACCUGCUGGACACAAAUACCCUCCUGAGCUUCUCCGGCGCUAUGAGGUCGUUUUUGAGGUCCCUGAUGAUGCCAAGACUCUCAGCAUUCGCAACGUCGAUGCUACACACAUUGGCUCACUCGUCCGUGUCGAGGGCAUUGUGACGCGCGCAACCGCCGUCAAGCCGCGCAUGACGGUGGCGACCUACACCUGUGAUGCCUGCGACCAAGAGAUUUUCCAGGAAAUCAAGGCACCCAACUUUAUGCCCCUCUACGAGUGCCCCAGCGACACUUGUCGGGCAAACCGCCGCCGAGGUCGCUUGCACCUCAUUACGCGUGGCUCAAAGUUUGAACGCUUUCAAGAGCUCAAAAUCCAGGAGAUGGCCAAGCACGUCCCCACCGGUCACAUCCCCCGGUCCAUGACCGUCUACGUUCGCGGCAGCAGCACCCGGGUGGCAAACCCUGGUGAUCAGGUGACCAUCACUGGCAUCUUUCUUCCCGUGCCCUACUCGGGCUUCCGCGCCAUUCGUGCCGGACUUUUGUCAGAUACCUACCUCGAGGCCCAGGUCAUGCUGAAGGAGAAGAAGACUUACGUCGAACAGGUGUUGACCGAGGAGAUGCGCGUCGAAAUUGAGGAGGGUGCGCACGAUGAGGAAAUCUACGACAAGCUUUCCUCAUCCAUUGCGCCUGAAAUUUACGGCCAUGACGAUGUGAAAAAGGCGCUGUUGUUGCUCCUGGUUGGCGGUGUGGACCGCAAGAUGGCUGAUGGCAUGAGCAUUCGCGGUGAUAUCAACAUUCUGCUGAUGGGUGAUCCUGGUGUCGCCAAGAGUCAGCUGUUGAAGAAAGUGGUGGACCUGGCGCCGCGCGCCGUCUACACUACCGGCCGUGGUUCAACUGGCGUCGGUCUGACCGCAUCUGUGACGCGGGAUCCUCUUACCAAUGAGCUGGUUCUUGAGGGUGGUGCAUUGGUGAUGGCGGAUAUGGGUGUUUGUUGCAUUGAUGAGUUUGACAAGAUGGACGAAGGGGACCGGACAGCGAUUCAUGAAGUCAUGGAACAACAGACCAUCUCCAUUGCAAAGGCUGGCAUCACGACGACACUCAAUGCCCGGUCCGCCAUUCUCGCAGCGGCCAACCCCGUGUAUGGCAGAUACAACAUCAAAAAAUCUCCGACACAAAACAUCAAUCUCCCCGAUGCCCUGCGCUCGCGUUUCGAUUUGGUAUUUUUGUUACUGGAUCGUCCCGAUCAAGACGCAGAUCUUCGAUUGGCACAACACAUUACUUACGUCCAUAGUCACAACGACUUUCCAGAGCUGGAGUUUGAGCCCCUCAGCAAGGACUUUGUGCGCAACUACGUGGCACUGGCCAAGCAGUAUCAGCCCUACAUCGAGCCUGACAUGGCCGAGCAGAUGGCUUUGCGUUACGCACGCCUUCGCGAAACUGCACAGGAUGACCCCAACGAGGGGCACGUCACCGCACGAAUGUUGUUGGCUAUGCUCCGCUUGAGUACGGCCUUGGCACGUCUUCGCUUCAGUGACUCAGUGGUGAUGGAUGACUUUGAUGAAGCGCUGCGCCUGAUGGACGCAUGCAAGGCUUCCGUGCGGGCUGCCAGCAACGCUAGCAAGCGGACUCGCAUCAAUCCUACGACGAGUAUUUUCCGCCUCAUUACCAAAUUAUUUGAGACAUCCGGCGAGAACAAGAUUAGCUUGGCAGAUGCGCAGGCGCGAGCUCGCGGCGAUGGUUUCAAUAUGCAGGAGUUCAAUGAAUGCCUUCACGUGUAUGAAGAGCUGAACGUGCUGCAGAUUGAUGCUGCUCGCACCAGCAUCACAUUGGUUCGAUAG